CCUGCACCGUACCUGUCGGAUCGCUGCAAAACCCAAUUUUGCCAUCACUUCUCCAUGCCUAUAUAAACCAGCCUCCAUACACCAGUCAUAUGCAAAGCGCAAGUACUCAAAAAAUCAUACAAGAAGCAAUCUGAGAUCUUCUAGCCUACAUUUUCGCUUUAGCUCUUCAAGGGCUCUUCAACCCCCUCCCCCCGCGAACAAGACCACCUGAUCGAUGGACCGUGUGACAAGGCUGGCAGCUCAGCGUGCGGUGGUGAUCUUCAGCACGAGCUCCUGCUGCAUGUGCCACACAGUGACGCAGCUCUUCCGUGAGCUCGGGGUGAACGCAACGGUGGUGGAGUUGGACGAGGACCCGCGGGGAAACGAGAUGGAGAAGGCGCUGGCGAGGCUGCUGGGCCGCAGCACCGGUGUGCCAGCAGUGUUCAUCGGCGGCAGGCUCGUCGGCUCCACAGACAAGGUCAUGUCGCUCCACCUAAGCGGCAACCUCGUCCCUCUUCUGCGCAAUGCGGGGGCACUCUGGGUGUAGCGUAUCGUCCUGUGCCCUGAGUCAGCUGAUAAUAUAUACGAAGUUAGUUCUAUAAUCAGUCGGUGCAGAGGGCUUCAAUAUUUUGUAAGCGUACCUGAUAAUUUGAGGAGUGAGACUGAGAGUGUUUCCUCCCUCAAAAUGCACUGGCCGUGGGCAUAAAUGUGACUGAUGGGAUAGCUUCAUUUGCACCUUGAUGGUGUGCUAUAACAGUUCCUGGCAUUGUAUGCUGAUCUAGCACAUUCCAACUAACUACCAUAUAUAAUUGCAGUGCACUGUCUUUUUUA